CCAGAGCCUUUAUCAGGGAGCUGGGACUGAGUUCCUGCCACCUCCCAGGUCCCCUCCACUCUGCUUUUCUCUUCCUCGCAGCUCCGCAGCGUGUGGGGAGUGUGCAGUGCUCCCGCCAGCUCCCUGAUCCUGCCAGUCCAGAGCGCCAGGCGCAGAGCAGCUCUACAGAGCUGUAUUCUCUCCACCCUCACUGAGGCCUGUCCCUUCAUCCUCCCAGACACCAUGAGGAGCACCCUGCUGUUUGCAGCCAUCCUGGCCCUUAGUCUGGGUUCAAGCUUUGGGGCUGUCUGUGAGGAGUCCCAGGAGCAGGUGGUACCCAGUGGGACCCACAGGAAGGACUCGGGUCUCUCCCAGCUGCCCCCAUCGUUGCUGCGGAGACUCUACGACAGCCGCUCAGUCUCUCUGGAAGGAUUGCUGAAAGUGCUGAGCAAGGCUAGCCUGGAUCCUAAGGAAUCAUCCCUGCCGCAGAAACGUGACAUGCAUGAUUUCUUUGUGGGACUUAUGGGGAAGAGGAACAGCCAGCCAGACACACCUACUGAUGUGAAUCAAGAGAACAUCCCCAGCUUUGGCACCCUCAAAUACCCCUCCAGUGAAGAAUGAGCACUUCGCUUCUGGACCCUGGGCUGCAUCAUAGAGACACUGUCCCCUGUCCCAAUCCCAAGUGCAUGUUUCCCUGCUUCCCUUCUGUUCCUGUAAAAUUCUUGUGCUUUGAUUCCUUCCCUAUCCCCUCUAGUAACUGGUGACUAUCCCCAGUCCUAAUGGGCAUUGACUGUGGAUUCUAUAGCUUGACUAUAAUUUCUAUAGAGUCCUACAUUAAAAAUAUGUCUCUCUCCUCCUCAACAAUAAAAGAUUUUUAC